AUGCAUCCCCAACCCCUGCCAUCCCUGUUGUGUCCUUUCUCCCCUACCGUAGCGCGUCUUCCACUCUCCCUCCUCGCCCAGUCGCCCGCGCCCACGCGGCGUCCCCAAAUAACCAAUUCGGACGUCCUCCCAAACCUCCACGAAUCCGGCACCCCGUCGGAGUCUCCCCCCGCUGGCAGCAGCCUAGCCGCCCAAAACAGAUAUCCACUUGUCACCCAGCCGCGGAAAAAAACACGAGUUCAGCUCCUGGACGGCCAGCGCAUCGCCGCCAAGAAACAGACUCUCGGGCCGAGUUCAUCACAGAGAUUCCACGUGCAGCACAGCCAGGAGCCUCACUACCGCAGAAGGAAAACAACCUCCAUGCCCACGUGGCCGGGCCACAACUAUCUCCACCGCAUUGGGUCAGACCACCUGACACGACCGCUUCUCGCCCCACCCACAUACUCCCCGAUGGCCAGUCGACUCAACCUAAGCAGCAAGGUACACCCGUUCCGCGAUCCGUCUCCUUCUGCGCCCUUAACCUCCGCUGAACACCCCCCCGCCUCGAUCAUCUCCCUCCAUUCUAGCAACGACAGCAGUCCCCGAACGGACACCCAGUCGCAAGGUAUUCUAUACAAGUCCACAAGCACCGACAACUGCAGCUCUCCCCUGCGUCUGCGUCGGAAAGGCACUACUGACCCCACCGACCCCAGUCACACUCCCCAUCCUCCAACUUCCACCAAAACAGUGGCGACGGCCUCACGAGCGAACUUCGAUAUAGCCUCACCCAGAACUCUGAACACCCGAGUCGAUCUCAACAAUCGCGACAGACCCCCCAGCAACCGCUGA